GAAUAUUUUUUAAUGUUGUUAAGUAUUUAUUUACAAAAAAAAUAUGUUGAUAAAAAGUCUGGGUUCGAGAUAAAAACGCUCCGCCAUUUUUAAACUUGGCAUCUCCAUUGUGUGAGCCCCGGUGUCUAUUGAUCCCUUCGUUUUGUGUGUGCAUCAUUUACUGUCGCAUCAUUCUGAAUUAUUAUUUUCCAUAAAUAUUAUCAUAAAUAUCUAAUUAGGUAUUUGUUUAUUAGUCAUCUAUAGUCAACAACAAUUAUACCGACAAAAUGACACCCGAAGGAUAUACCCGGGUGUACGUUGGUGGUUUAAAUGAGUCAAUUAAAAAGGAAGACUUACAAAUGGAAUUUGAAAAAUUUGGAAAAUUAAAUAAAGUAUGGGUUGCAUUUAAUCCACCUGGUUUUGCAUUCAUAGAAUUUUUAAGUGUUGAUGAAGCUGAAUUAGCAUGUAAUAAUAUGAAUGGUACAGAAAUAAUGGGUGCAAAAUUACGUGUUGAAAUAUCACGUGGUCGUGGACGUGGUGGUAGUAGAGGUGGUGGUGGUUUCCGUGGUAGCCGUGGAUCAGGUGGACGUGGUGGAUAUGGUGGUGGACGUGGUGGUAACUAUCGGGGUGGUAGUAAUUACGGAGAUAGUGGUGGUGGUGGAGGAGGUGGUGGCGGUGGUGGUUAUCACUCGAGUAGUAGAGGUGGUGGUGGUGGUGGUAGAGGACGUGGACGUUAUGGAGAUGAUUCAUAUUCAUCAGGACGUAGCAGUGGUUAUGUAUCACGUGAUUCAUAUUCACAAGACAGUUAUGGAUCAGGCGGUGGGGGUGGUGGUGGUGGUGGUGGUGAUACUGGAUCAAGUUAUUAUUCAGGAAAGGAUUCUGGAUCAAGAUACAGAAGUCGUUCACCAGCUGGUCGUGGAAGGUACAAUUUAUUAAUAAAUGAUCAACAAAAUCAUUUAUUUCAUAUCAUUUUAAAUAUUAUCAUUAAUUCUUCAACGUUAUUUAAAUACUUGUCACAAUUGACUAUCAACAAUUAUCAACACAAUAAUAAUUAUUCUUCUUCUACAACAACUACUACAACUACUACUAUAUCUACAAUAACUACUGCUACUUCUUGUUCAAUUAUAACUUCGACAAUAAACGACAAACUUCAUAAUAAUAUUAUUAUUAUGAUAAACAUUAUCAUAAAAUUCAUAAAUGAUCAAUCAACAACGCAUCUACCUCUUCGACAUAAUAAUAACAUUAUAAUAACGUCAAUUCAAAUAAUACUACGUUUUAACUAUCAUCAUCUUGAGCCAACUUGAAUUAUUAUUUUUUUCAUUUUAAAUUGAAUAACACAUUUUCUCUUGAUGAUGAUUAUGAUGAUGAUGAUAUUGGUUUUUUAUCAUUUUAAAUAUCCCAAUCUCUACGAUAUAUCCUGUCCGAGAAAAAGGAGUUUAAUGAAAAUAUAUUUAUUAAAUUAAAAUUGGGAAUUAAUAAUUUUAUAUCAAAAUACAAACAAUGGGGAGACAGAAUUGGCUGAUGCAUGUGUUGAAAUAAUAAUUAAUGAAUUUAUUAUCAUUAUAUUCACUGUCAAUAAUAACUACGUUAAUUUUUUUUAAUUUUUUCUUUCAAUUGUUAGACAGUAUUUAAUUUAUUAUUUAUUUAUUAAUUGUUUUCUUCUUUUUUUUUUUUUAAAACAAUGAAACAAUGGAAAUGUGUGUUGUGUAUCUGUGUAAAAAAAUUUUGCACUUAAAUGUUCACAGUCAUCGUCAUCUUCGUGAAUGCACAUAAGAGAAUAACUACGCUACGUUGCCAAUCAGAACGACGGGCCAAAAUCAGCCACCCCGCCCUCGACGACUCUACGUUCUCUAUUCAAUCUACGCAGCGACGUGUACAUACAAUAUAAAAACAAAAUAAUAAUAAUUUUUUUUUUUUUAUUUCUUCAAUUACGAUUAUUAAAAAAAGAUAAUAAUAAUGAUUAUGUACUAUAGAUUGUUUCUUUGGCAUUUUUUUUUUUUUUUGUUUUUCAAUCAAACGGGCUUACUUUUUUUUUUUUUUAAUUUUGUAAUUUUUUUAGUUUUUAUAUUAUUAUUAAUUAAUCGAUUCACGUUUAUUCCAGUGAAUUAUAUUUUGUCAAUAUAUAAUAAUUCUUUUUUUUUUCUUUUUUUUCCUAUUGCUUCAAAUUUAUUCUUCCAAUUUAUAUAUCGUUUUGAUAACGAUUUAAAAAAAAACAUAAAAAUUUAUUUUGAAAAAAAAAUAAUGAUAAUUACAUUUAAACCGUGUGAUAGUUUAUAUUUUUUUUUCUUGUGAUUAAUUUCUUGACACCGG